AUGUCUCUCGUAGACGAGAUCGGAGGUUCACGUGGUAUUUUGACCUUGUUGGGAUUCCAACAGACCAUAGGGAGUCGAAAUUUAGCGCCGCUUACGCUCCGUCAAUGUCUCGCAGCAUUCAAGAAGUGUCAUACACCUGGUGAGCAGCUUACGGUCGGUGCCCGAGCUUUCAGCAAACAUUGUGCACGAAGUUCGAAUGGCUGGUGGGGCGAGCUGAGAGGGAACGAUACUGCCAAGAAUGCUUGUGCGGAGAGCAAAGUGCGUGAACUCUUAGCGAAUGCGACGUGGAAGAUAUUCACAUUCUUUCUCAUGCUCACGCGACGAUGGAAAUUUGCAACGCGUUGGGAUAUGGGGCACGAUGGGACGCAGAGACAAAGGCAUUCCGAGGCUUUCUCGAGCCGCCUAUGA